AUGACCGGAAGCACCGAAAUCCGCAACAAGGACGAGCCAGUAAAGGAGGUUUGUUAACAAUUUAACGGUGCGAUAGUUGUGAGAUUUUCGUUGCAGCCACAAGUUGACGCUUCGGACGACUCUGACAACGAAGGAGGAGAUCAUGAAUUGACCGAAGAACAAAGACGUGUUGCUGAAGCCGCUGGACUCGGAGAUCAAGUCGACAAGCAAGCUAAGCAAAGCCGUUCUGAGAAGAAGGUAACAUUUUUUGUUUUAUUUUUGAGAAUGAAAAUUUAUUCUUAUUUUUAUAGGCUCGCAAGCUCUUCUCCAAACUUGGACUCAAGCAAGUCACCGGAGUUUCCCGUGUCUGCAUCCGUAAAUCGAAGAACAUUCUCUUCGUCAUCAACAAACCAGACGUAUUCAAGAGCCCAGGAUCUGACACCUACAUUGUUUUCGGUGAAGCCAAGAUUGAGGAUCUUAACCAACACGCUCAAAUGUCCGCCAUCGAGAACAUGAAGCCACAACGUGAGGCUCCACAACUCAAGACUGUCGAAGAAGACGAAAACGAAGAUGUUGAGGAAGAUUCGACCGGAAUCGAGGAGAAAGACAUCGAACUUGUCAUCUCCCAAGCCAACACCUCUCGCAACAAGGCCAUCCGUGCCCUCAAGGAAUCCGACAACGACAUUGUGAACGCCAUCAUGAGCCUCACCAUGUAAUUCCAAUUCGUUUUUUCACAUUUGAUCUUGCAGAUACUGUUUGUUUUUGACUUGUUAUUAAAAUGUGUCUGUUGUUUUUUCCGGUUUUAAGUAAAUUCUGCUUCUAAUUGAAUUCCCACAUUGAUGAAACUUAGAUGAACUUUUUUCUAGUACAAUAAAUCAGCAAGUGACACAUUUUCUCCUCCCUCCUUUCUUCUUUUCGCACCCAGGAAAUGCACCAACCACCCUCCCGACCGGUCAAUGGUCCCUUCCUCUGCGUCUCUAUUCAAUGAGCACAUGUUUUAUAUGGAAGAAGUGCACACCCAGCUGCAUUUCCAUCUGUUACAAAUUUCUUGACUUUGACAUUUUAUACUUUUUCAGUAACACACAUCACUUUCGAAAAAAAGUAGAUCCUAAUCAAUUUAUUAUCGCUUGAUUAAGUUUUAAGGUCUACCCUAUUUAAAAAAGAAACUCUAGUCACUUGAAAUUAUAAUUACAUUUUUUCUGGUAUGUAUUUUUUUUUUUAGUUGA